UGUAAGCCUUCUUCCCCCCUCUGCAUCCCCGGCUUAGGUAAUACGUUUCCUCCUUACGCCACCGACACCCUCGGGUCCCCGCCGCCCGGGCUUCCCCAUCCUCCUCCUCGGAUCUGGGUGCCCGGCGCUGGCCGGGCGGCGCGCGCGCUCCCCCGCGUCUCCGCAGGGCAGCUGACAGCCCAAGGAGAGUGGGCGCCACUUCCAGCAGCUGCCACUGAGUAGCAAGCAAGGUUCAGAGAUGUCGGAGAUCCUCCGAGAGCUGCUGUGUGUGUCUGAGAAAGCUGCCAACAUUGCCCGGGCAUGCAGGCAGCAGGAAGCUCUCUUCCAGCUACUUAUUGAGGAAAAGAAAGAUGGAGAAAAGAACAAGAAGUUCACAGUUGACUUUAAGACUCUGGCUGAUGUACUGGUUCAGGAAGUUAUAAAACAGAAUAUGGAGAACAAGUUUCCAGGCUUGGGGAAAAGGAUUUUUGGAGAAGAAUCCAAUGAGUUUACUAAUGAUUUGGGGGAAACAAUUACUGUGGAACUUUGUUCAACAGAAUUAGAAACAGCAACACUUCUUUGCAAAGUCCUUAAUGGCAACAAGUUGGCAUCUGAAGCACUAGCCAAGGUUGUUCAUCAGGAUGUUGCCUUUAAAGAUCCAAUACUAGAUUCCAUAGACAUCAACAUUCCACAGGACAUUUUGGGAAUUUGGGUGGAUCCCAUAGAUUCAACUUAUCAAUAUAUUAAAGGUGCUGCUGAUAUAAAGUCCAACCAUGGAAUUUUUCCCAGUGGACUUCAGUGUGUUACCAUUUUAAUUGGUGCCUAUAACUUACAAACGGGUGUGCCGUUGAUGGGAGUCAUCAAUCAACCCUUUGUGUCACAAGACCUAAAUACUCACAGCUGGAAAGGACAAUGCUACUGGGGCCUUUCUUACCUGGGGACCAACAUCCAUUCCCUUCAGCUCACCCUCUCAAAAAGAAAUGGCACGGAAGCGCAGACAGCCAAGGCCAGCUCGGAGGGAGAAUCCAUCCAGCCUUUCUCAGCAGUCAUUAGUACAAGUGAGAAGGAGACCAUCAAAGCCGCACUGUCACGUGUAUGCGGAGAUGGCAUAUUCCGGGCGGCGGGGGCCGGCUACAAAAGCCUCUGUGUCGUCCAAGGCCUUGUUGACAUUUACAUCUUUUCAGAAGACACGACAUUCAAGUGGGACUCUUGUGCAGCUCACGCCAUCCUGAGGGCCAUGGGUGGGGGAAUCGUGGACAUGAAAGAAUGCCUGGAAAGAAAUCCAGAAACAGGGCCGGAGUUGCCACAGUUGCUGUACCACGUGGAAAAUGAAGGUGCUGUUGGGGUUGAUCGCUGGGCCAACAAGGGAGGACUCAUCGCCUACAGAUCCAGGGAGCGGCUGGAGAGCUUCCUGAGCCUGCUUGUCCAAAACCUCAUGCUUUUGGAAACACAGACGUAGAAAGGUUGUGACUUCAGUGCACAGUGUAACCCAGACUUAACCUGAACCUCAUUAUCUCGAUGUUUGAAGACAGUUUUGUCCUAUUGAUGGUUGACAUUCUUAUUCCUCUUUUGAGGAGAGCUUUUCAUUAUGUGUAAGUGAUGUUAAUUUCGGCUUAUUAAUGACAUUCAUAUAGCAAUUAAAUUGCUAUAUGAUAUUCUUA